AUGGGCGACCAAACACACAACCUCUCCUUCAUCCUCGACCCCAAAGGCCCCACCCUCACCUACGAAGACCGCCCCAUCCCGCACCUCCGCUCCCCGUACGAUGUGUUGGUCAACGUCCGCUACACCGGCAUCUGCGGCUCCGACGUGCACUACUGGACGCACGGCGGCAUCGGCACCUACAUCGUGCGCGAGCCCAUGGUGCUGGGGCACGAGUCGGCGGGCGUGGUCGUGAGUGUGGGGGAUAAAGUGAAGAGUUUGAAAAUAGGGGAUCGCGUGUGCAUGGAGCCUGGCGUGCCUUGUAGGAGGUGUGUGAGGUGUAAGGAGGGGAAGUAUAAUUUGUGUGUGGAUAUGGCUUUUGCGGCGACCCCGCCGAUUGAUGGGACGCUGGCGAAGUAUUACACGCUGCCGGAGGAUUUCUGCUACAAGCUGCCCGAGGGGAUUAGUUUGGAGGAGGGGGCGUUGAUGGAGCCGUUGAGCGUCGGAGUGCAUAUUGUGCGGCAGGCGGGGAUUAAGCCGGGAGAUUCGCUGGUGGUGUUUGGAGCUGGACCGGUGGGGUUGUUGUGUUGUGCCGUGGCGAAGGCGUAUGGGGCGAGCAAGGUGAUUAGUGUGGACAUGAACGAGGAGAGGUUGGAUUUCGCCAAGAAGUAUGCCGCGACGCAGACGGUUGUCGCGCAGAAGGAGAGCGGAGAGGAUGCGGCGAAGCGGAUCAUCGAGGCGGGAGAGUUGGGGCUGGGAGCGGAUGCGAUUAUCGAUGCUACGGGCGCGGAGCCUUGUAUCCAGACUGCGCUGCAUGCGCUAAGGACUGGUGGGACGUACGUGCAGGGUGGCAUGGGCAAGAGCGAGAUCAACUUCCCGAUCAUGGCGCUGUGUACGAAAGAGAUCACGGCCAAGGGCAGUUUCCGGUACGGCAGCGGCGACUACACGACGGCGGUCGGGUUGGUGGCGACGGGGAGGUUGAGCGUGAAGGAGUUGAUCACGGGCAAGGUCAAGUUCCGGGAGGCGGAGGCGGCGUUCCAGGACGUCAAGGCGGCGAAGGGGAUCAAGACGUUGAUUGAAGGGCCGGCAGACUCGAGUGUGGUGGUGGGGAAUGGGGAGAAUGCUGCCUCGUCGUGA